AUGGCGGUGCCCUGGGAGGAAUAUUUCCGACUGGCUUUGCAAGAGAAACUGUCUACAAAGCUACCAGAGCAGGCUGAGGAUUACGUUCCACCAGUGCUGCGUCUCCUGGAGAAGAGGCAAGAGCUGGUAGAUGCAGACCAGGCCCUGCAGGCCCAGAAGGAGGUGUUCCGCACCAGAAUGGCAGCUCUGAAACAGCGCUGGGAACAGCUGGAACAGAAGGAGCGGGAGCUAAAGGGGUCGUUCAUCCGCUUUGACAAGUUUUUGCGGGACUCCGAGGCCCGGCGCAAUCGAGCUCUGCGGAGGGCGGCGGAGGAGCGACACCAGGCGAGCCGCCGGGAGGCGGAGGCGCUGCGUCUGCGGACCCAGCUCCAGGAGCUACGGCAGGAACGCGCGCGGCUGCAGCGCCGGCUUAAGCGCCUGGAGCCCUGCGCGCGCCUGCUGGAGCAAGCGCUGGAGCUGCUGCCCGGGUUUCAAGAGGUCCCGGAACUGGUGGCGCGCUUCGACGGCCUGGCCCAGACACAGGCGGCGCUGAGGCUCAGGGAGCGCGAGCGGCUAGCGGAGCUGGAGGCGGCGCGAGCGCGACUGCAGCAGCUGCGGGACGCCUGGCCGGACGAGGUGCUCGCACAGGGCCAGAGGCGGACGCAGCUGCAGGAGCGCCUGGAAGCUGCCAGGGAGCGUACGCUGCAGUGGGAAUCCAAGUGGAUUCAGAUUCAGAACACAGCAGCGGAGAAGACUCUGCUCCUGGGACGCAGCAGGAUGGCCGUGCUCAACCUGUUCCAGCUAGUGUGCCAGCAUCAGGGGCAGCCGCCCACCCUGGACAUUGAGGACACGGAGGGACAACUAGAGCAGGUGAAGCUGUUCAUGCAGGACCUCUCUGCCAUGCUGGCUGGCCUGGGUCAGGCUGAGCCUGCGGCCCCUGCCUCCUAGCCCUGACCCAGGUGAGCAGCGGGAGAGGGGAUCCCCGAGAGACCCUGACAUAGGAGGGCCCACAUUUCCAUUGGGGUGUGGACUGAGUGGCUCUUCCUGAAUCCAUUUCCUCAUUGGGAAGAUGGGAGGGCUGUGCCUGUCCAGAGUGCUGUGGGCCUGCCAUGAGGGGCACAUAGCAAGCACUCAGUAAGUGCAGGCCCUGAUGAGGAGGUGAUGGGAAGGUCAAGGGGCUAUGUGUGGGGCAACUGCCUCUAAAAUGAGAUCAGACCAGGCCCUCCCUGCCAGGGUGGCUGGGGCAUGAAAAAAGCUCUUUGUCAGGUCUCAGCAGGGUCCAUGCUAGAUGAGAGAUCACCAAGGCCCCUCCGCUAUGGACUCGGCCAGGUGAGGGGCCCAGCCUGAGAAUUCAGCUGCUGGGGCCACCGUUGACCUUCUCAGAACCUCAAACAGGGGGUGGGUGGUGAGAAGACAGAGGGCAGGCCAGGUUCUGACCUCCAGGUGUGGAGGGGUCGAGUUAACCUCUUCAUAGUCAGAGGGGAGCAGCUGUGCCCUUGCCCCGGGGCUGCACAUCCUGUUCCUCUCCCACAGCCCACUCCCAGCUGCAACCAUGUCCCGGUGGGAGGAAGGGGGACCAACUCCCACCUCCGGUACCUGGCUUGUGCUCUGAGCCUCAAUUUCCUCAUCGCUAAAUGGACACAGCAGCAGAACCUACCCUGGGGAGACCCACAACUCCUCUGCCACGUUAGCUGGGAUUUUAGUACCUGGGUCUCUCCAUUCCAACUCCCCAAGUAGACCGCACUCCUGGCCCACCAGCAGUGCUCAACAAAGAUUUAUUAUAUUAAAAAUUCCAUCGCCAAACCCUGAGGCACUCAGGGCUCUGACUGGUGCAGCCAUGACCUCUGAACCCAGAACACAUGGAAGCAGCAGCAGCUGAGUUGCCAACUCAGGUCUUGGCCUGCCUGGCUUUGCUGCCGAACUCCUACACACCCUUCAAGGCCCUGCUCAAACGUUUCUGUCUUAGGCUGACGCAGCUGCUGCCCUUCCGUGGCCAUACAGUGCUCCUUUUCACGGACGAUGGCUCCUGCAGGGAGUGCCCCCAGUCCCAGCACUGGGCCAGGCACACAGUGGUGCACAGGAACGUCUGCCGAUGCCCACCCUAAGGCCAAUCAAGGAGCCACGGGGCUGGGUCCCGGUCCUCACAUCCUCUUCCGCAUCUUGCCCUUCUUGGAGCGGGCACCCCGGCCGAAGGCGCCCUGCUGCAGCUCCUGGACGCGGCGGCGGUUGCGGGCAGAGAGCUGCUUGAGGCCACCACGCUGCAGGAAGCGCAGCUUCUGGGCCCGGCGCCGCUGCUUCAGGAUCUGCUGCUUGGUCUUGAGUUCCGGGCGGACGCAGCCUGCAGGGGUGCCUGAGGCGCGGGGCCGGGAUGCACCUGCUGGGACAGGGAUUCAGGGAGCUCAGCUGUUGGGAUCACUCCCAAGAUCUCCUCCUCCCAGAAGCUUGCAGACUCCUCCCCUGUCCCUACUCCUGUUCUGUGCUUUUUGCUGUGGCCCAGUGUCUGUACACAGUAGGUGGCUAAUAAAGUUUUAGGCAGCC